GAAGCUGUAAAGACGCAUCAUGAAAUCAAUUCUCGUGCUUGUAUCUAUCCUUCUGACAACGAGUACGACGGUAGUAUUCGGGAUUCCUCAUUUCCGUAAUCCUUUUGAAGCGGUAAAAGGAUGCCUGCUGUAUGAAAACGCACCCGGUUACAACGAAACGUUGGAGUAUUUGGCGACGGACAACUUCAAGCACGUGGGGCACACGCGCACCUCUAAGUAUAUUCGCGUGGGAAUGGUAGGUCAAACCGAUGGCAUCAUACGCUACGGAAAGUCACGCUUUCCCUACGGGGACGCUGUUCACGAAAUAUAUCUGGCCGGGGAGGAGGAUCAAGCUUCGGAAAUAAAUCGCCAUACGCGUACCAGCGAAAGUGAGUACAUUAACAAGCUUGUAAAGAAUCCGACCACACCGAACAUAUUGUCCAAAACGCGCCCGUUAAUGUUCCGGUUGGACGUGUUUGAUAACGGGAACGUUCAACUAACGAAGGAUGGCGAGAAGAGACCGUUCCUAGAGUUUAACGAUGGCAACACUAAGGAAGAUUUGGAUUAUAUAGCAUUUGCGCAGUGGAACCAUGAAGUGUUCUAUUUCUACGACUGUCCGUUGGAUAUUGAUACGUUCGACCUUGACGAUUCGGUGUUGCUGAAAUGUGAUUUGGCUUAAUUGACGAAACACUGUGUAGAUCUAGACUAGUGAAAGUGUUGGGAGUGGAGGGAAUGCUUAACAUUGUCUCGAUAGCUGCAAAUAAAUACAAAGUGUCUUCUGGUGU